AUCAGUUAAACUGAUUUUGUUACAAAGGCUUCCUGGUCAUUCUCCAGUUCUUGCUCCAGUCUUGUAAAUCAAUCUUAUCUUCUGUUUCCCACUCCCUGAAUCUUCCAUUGUUUCUCUCUAUUGAGGAAAAAUCUUAGGCAGUGUUUACGGAAGAGAACCGAUUACAUCCCAAACAAGUAUUUGUGAAUGAGUCAUCCACUUGGAUUUAUAGUCAUCCCCACCUUAAUUUAACAAGAUCUGUUUCUCUUCUGAGUUGUCAGAUGCUUGUUCGUAUUACUGAGAAAGAUGGAUUAAAGUGGAACUUCUUAGACUUGGUACAGGCCUUAUUACAGGAAACAAUGGGUCUUUUUUACUGGAUUAUUGCCAAUAUUAGUUCACACACUGAAGGUAUGAGUUGUUAGAUCUCACUUGCAGGUAAUGUUUGUCCUGCUUUAAUGUGAAGUGCUGUGGGAAUUUUGCUUAUCAACUGUGGAGGGUGGCUUGGAUCAAGAAGAGUUUCUCUUCUUUCCUGCUUGGUGUGGCACCACAUAUCUAUCCUCAAUGCCUUCAGCCUUGGCUAUCUUCACUUGCCGCCCGAACUCUCACCCAUUUCAAGAGCGUCAUGUCUACUUGGAUGAGCCUGUUAAAAUUGGUCGCUCAGUGGCUCGAUGUCGACCAGCUCAGAAUAAUGCUACUUUUGACUGUAAGGUCUUGUCGAGGAACCAUGCACUUGUCUGGUUUGACCACAAGACAGGAAAGUUCUAUCUUCAAGAUACUAAGAGCAGUAAUGGUACUUUUAUAAAUAGUCAGAGAUUGAGCAGAGGAUCUGAGGAAAGCCCACCAUGUGAAAUUCUGUCUGGUGAUAUAAUCCAAUUUGGCGUAGAUGUGACGGAGAAUACGCGGAAAGGUAAGGUCACCCAUGGAUGCAUUGUCUCCACAAUAAAACUAUUUCUCCCAGAUGGUAUGGAAGCUAGGCUACGGUCAGACGUCAUCCAUGCUCCAUUACCAAGUCCUGUUGAUAAGGUUGCUGCUAACACUCCCAGUAUGUACUCUCAGGAACUGUUUCAGCUUUCUCAAUAUCUACAGGAGGCCUUACAUAGGGAACAAAUGUUGGAACAGAAGUUGGCCACCUUGCAGCGAUUGCUUGCUGUUACGCAAGAAGCAUCGGAUACUAGUUGGCAGGCUUUGAUAGAUGAAGAUAGACUACUAUCAAGGUUAGAGGUUAUGGGAAACCAACUACAAGCAUGUUCGAAAAGUCAAACAGAAGACAGUUUACGAAAGGAACUUAUAGCAUUACAAGAAGACAAGCAUAAUUAUGAAACAACUGCCAAAGAGUCCCUGAGGCGGGUCCUUCAGGAAAAAAUUGAAGUGGUCAGAAAACUUUCUGAAGUGGAGCGAAGUUUAAGCAACACCGAAGAUGAAUGUACUCACUUGAAAGAAAUGAAUGAACGGACUCAGGAAGAAUUGCGGGAAUUGGCUAACAAAUACAAUGGUGCUGUAAAUGAAAUUAAAGAUCUCACUGACAAACUAAAGGCAGCUGAAGGAAGACAAGAAGAAAUUCAGCAAAAGGGACAGGCUGAGAAAAAGGAACUGCAGCAUAAAAUAGAAGAAAUGGAAGAGAGAGAGCAAGAACUUCAAGCAAAAAUAGAGGCUUUGCAAGCAGAUAACGACUUCACCAAUGAACGGCUCACUGCUUUACAAGUCCGGUUAGAACAUCUUCAGGAGAAAGCUCUUAAAGAACACAACAGCUUAGGCAUACAAGUUGAUGACUUCAUUCCUAAAAUUAAUGGGAGUGCAGAAAAAGAGCACUUUCUUUCAAAGAGUGGAGGUGACUGCACUUUUAUUCACCAGUUCAUAGAGUGCCAGACAGACAAGCUCAUAGACGAAGGACAUCUUUCCAGAGUGGAUGAAACAAAGAUUCUGAAAGAAAAUCAGGCAAAAGCUAAAGAAGCUGAGCUAUCGGAUACUCUUAGUCCAAGCAAAGAGAAAAGCAGCGACGACACUACAGAUGCUCAAAUGGAUGACCAUGAACUAAAUGAACCUAUUGCUAAAGUAGCCCUCCUGAAAGCAGAUGAAUUGCAGGGUGCACAGUCAGAAACUGAGACUAAACAAGAAAUUCAGCAGCUGCACAAGGAACUGGUUGAAGCCCAAGAGCUAGCUAGAACAAGUAAACAAAAAUGCUUUGAACUGCAAGCUCUUUUGGAAGACGAGAGAAAAGCCUAUAGAUUACAAGCUGAAGAGUCCACCAAACAAAUCCAAGUUCUCCAAGCUCAGCUGCAGCGGCUACAGGAAGAUAUUGAACGUCUUCGUGAGGAAAAGGAGAAUGAGAUCUCCAGUACUCGGAAUGAAUUACUUAGUGCUCAGAGUGAAAUUCUGUUACUGCAACAAGUGGCUGAAAAGGCUGCAUCAGAAAGGGACACAGAUGUCACUGCUUUACAAGAAGAGCUUCAGAAAGUAAGGGCUGAACUUGAACGUUGGCGCAAAGAGGCUUCAGAAUAUGAAAAAGAGAUUGUCAGUCUGCAAGCCAAUUUUCAGUUACGAUGUCAACAGUGCGAAGAUCAGCAGAGAGAGGAAGCCAAGCGUCUACAAGGUGAACUUGAAAAGUUGAGAAAGGAGUGGACUGUUCUUGAAGCCGAAUGCGUUUCUUUAAAGAAGGAGAAUUCUUUGCUUGCAUGUGAACUUCAGCGGCAGGAGAAGGAGCUACAUAAUUCUCAGCAGCAGAGUUUAGCGCUUACCAGUGACUUGAGCGUUCUCGAACUGACCAGAAAGGAGCUUGAAAAUAAAAUGGGUUCUUUGAAAGAAGAACAUCAGCGGGAUUCAGCUAGUCUAAAAACCCUCCUUAAUGAGGCAGAAAACCAAGUCAAGGAUGCACAAAAUGAGUAUGAAAAGACACAGACCAUACUCUCAGAUCUGAAGUUGAAGUUUGAAAUCACUGAGCAGGAAAAGCAAUCAAUCAAUGAUGAACUCAAACAGUGUAAAGACAACUUGAAGCUGCUACAAGAAAAAGGAAACCAUAGACAAUGGCCUUGGAUGCCUGUGAUGGCAGCUUUGGUUGCUGUGACAGCCAUGGUGCUGUACCCAGGCCUAACCAGAGCUUCUCCAUGAGAACUGUUGUUGAAUCCAUACACCGUCCUCCCUUUAGAAGCUGGCAUCAUUCACAUACAGGGGGAAAACAGAUUCAUCCUGUUCCUUUUUUUUACCUCUUAGUACCACAGAGUUUGGCUUCAGAACAGCAGUAGGGUCAUUGCUUUAAACUGUACAAAAUGUAUCUGUCUAUAAAGAGGGAAUAAAAUUAUUACUUCAUUCUA